ACAUCUUGUGAAGUUAUGAAGAAAUUUGAACUGCACUUCCUUUCCGUUCGAAGGGGUAACAAUGCUUUAGCUACGACUACCCCCUCUCAAAGAACCAUAAUCGUUUUAUGGUCCAAACAGAUUAUUGUUCUAGAAAGUUACCAUACAGGAAACUACAGAAGCUGGCAAAAGAGCGUGGCCAUCGGGCUAAUCUAAAGACAGAAAAACUCAUUAAACUAUUGCUCGAAUCCGCGGUCAAUAGCUCAGAGCAGACAGCGCCUCAUCUCGAACAACCUCCUCAGAAUGCACUUCCACCUACCAUCCCUCCAUCUGGCGUCUUUGAUAUAGCACCUAUUCUCGACCCUGACUUCAGUGCUAGCCGCCCCAACAGCGUAAAGAGUCGGGCAGUCAGAAGUCAUUUCGCUCCAGAACCUGAACUACCAGAUGUCAGACAGCCAAACUUUAACGAUGCAGAACGUCCACGGACUCCCGCGAGUUCCGCAAGAGAUGGCUGCGACUCUUUGACUGACUAUUCAGAAGCCUUUCCGCCCCAACCCCUUCACGAAGAACCCCAGGCGGCCACACCCGCUGAUCAUGCCGAGACACGAAACAUCAGUGGGAUCCUCCAAGCGAGUGAUACCCACUGUGUCUCGCCUAUGACGCAGGUUCCUCGUGAUUCGGAGAGUCUACGGGUCAAACAGGAAUUAUUGUCGCCGACAAUCCCGUCUGGCAUAGAAUCAGAUUCUGAAUCAGAGUACGAGUUAGACUCAGCAAAACAGAAGAGGUUUUCGAAGCACGCAACAGGAAUGGCAUCGCACGAGGAGCUGGAGCGAGCCACGAUGACUAUGGAGAUUUACUCUCUUCACAACCAAAGCAUUCGCGAGAGGUUGGAGUUUUGCGCCACUCGACAUCAAACCCAGCAGAAGCAAAUAAAGGAUGCUAUAAAAUUCAUUCGUUCAGAGAAGGCCAGGAUCCAGCGCAUGCGGACUUAUGUCUACAGUUGGAAGAAUAUUCCUCCCGAGUGGACAGACCGAAAUAUAUACGAUGUGGAUGUCAAAGCUAGGCAGACAUCCAAUGGAGUCUUUCAAGAAGUCUGGUCUGACCUGGAGGACAGUGACGAGCCCGGCUUGCUCGUCAUGCGUGCGACAGACGUUCAUGCGGUUCGACUGUCGCAAGGUCCAGAGGAAACACAGUCCCCCCGCAGAGAACAGCAGAGCCUAAAGAGGCCACGCACUGUCGAUUCAGAAGAUGUUCAUGAAGAAGAGAGUAUCAGUGCGAGGAAGCGACAUCGGUCAGCUGCGCCUAGUCGUUCACUAUCUGAGACUAGAACUCAGCUGAACCCUUACCAGCGGGCUCUCUCAGUGAUACGCGAACAUGAUGUUCCUGACGAAUCGUCAACACAUGACAUUGUCACUCCAGAGGAGGAAGAAGAUAUGGAAGAAGAGGCUACUGUGGAGGAGAUCAUCAGCGUCCCCAUGCACGGUUCUCGCAGUUCUCCCGGACCACAACGUACCGUCUCUCCCAAGGUUCAGGAUCAAGCCAAUGGCAUGGCCAACGGCUUCACUGCCAUGGUGCUCCCCCGACGCUCGAGGUAUUUCCAACACUCGAACGUCUUUGAUCCUGAAUAGAUACCUACAGUCUUAUAUAUUCUCACUCUGGAUUCGAUGAAUUGUUGUACUUAUAACCUUUAUUACGUAUAGUAUUCUGCGAUCGGUGCUACAAAAUCAUUAAUCGU